AUGACAGAGCUGUGCGACUCUAUGCUCAAAUGUCUUCUGCCUAUAGCCGAUAUACCGAUGUUCUGGUAUCCACUGAAUACGUUAGUGCGUUCAGGAGUGAAAGAUAUCAAGAUUAUCGUUCGCGAGGAUGGCCACGCUGAAGUGAAUCGUCUGUUGGCAACUCCUCUCUUCUCCUUUCCAUCAGCAAACAUAGAAGUGAUCUCUUUGUCACGAGAACAUGAAGAGUGGGGAACGGCCGACGUGCUUCGACAUUAUGCAACAAAGAUAACGGUAAGGAAGUUAACUAUUCAACUUUGCAUUGCAUAG